UGUAAAGAGAGAUAGACAGAGGGAGAGGGAGAGGGGCUCUCUCUUAUUCCUCUUUGAUUUCUCUUUGCAAUUGCAGAGAAAUCCAAAAUUUCCCUGUUUAUUUGAUAUUCUUUUUAUGAUCAUUCAAAAUAUUUCUCACAAUUUCCUCUCUUUUGCAUCAAAAUUUGGAUUCAGUUUAAUAUAGGAGAUCAUUGGGAUAACAUGAAUAGAGUUCGUGCAAAUUCGUCCCCCGAAUUGACUCCCUCUAAUAGGUUGGAGCAACAUAAUGAUUCUCCUUUGGAAGGUGUCGCGGCAAAUGUGAAACUACUUUACAAACUAGUCCAAGAUCACUCCUACCCUUCCAAAGGUGCCGCCGCCGCCGACGAUAGCCGGCGGCAGCACCGUGUCGCCGGAAUCCUCACCCUCCUCGACGACAUCAAAUCCCGCGUCCACCAAUCCAACCUCGCCGCACCCCACCACCACCACCACCGCGCCGCCGCCGAGCUCCGCCGGUGCAACACUGACCUACGCCGCAACGGCGGCAGUGGCGGCAGCGACAAGAAGCCGCAGCCGAUGCCUUCAAUGCCGCCGAUGCCGCCGCAGGACCCGGCGGAGGAGGCGCAGCGGCUCCGGCGCGAGCUCUCGGCGACGAUGGCGGCGAGGAAGAGCCUCGAGAGGAUGUUCACGAGCCUCGGGAAGGAGAAGGAGAUGAUCGCUGCGGAGCUCGCGAGGAAGGUGCAAGAGCUCGACGACGCGGAGGAGGCGGUGGGCGACCUCCGGUCGCAGAAUGAGAGGUUACUUGAUAAGGUGAAGGUGUGCGUGGCAGAGCACAAGGCCGUGGCGAAAAGUGUCGGCGGUGAUGCUCAGAGGCACGAGACUCUGCUGGAGCGGAACACAGCGCUAUCGGAGCAACUGCUAAGAACUCUAGAUAGCUACCGGGCGAUGAAGAGCAAACUGAAGGAGGCUCAGGAGGAGAACACAAGAAUGGUAUAUAGAGCUGCGGAGAUCGGCGGCGGUGUAAAGGCGGGAGUUGAGGGGAUUCGCCGCUUGCGAGAAAAGAUCGACUGCAAUGGGGAGAGCGAGGAGAUAGUCGGGAUCACAGAAGAGCUCGACAAAUUGGAGAGUUUGCUUCUCGGGCUACGGAAGAAGAUCGCGAUCGGUAUCGGCGACGGAAAGAGAGCCGACGGGGCGACGAAGGGUUGUGGUUUAGUUGCAGAAAAUGAGUAAAGCAAGAGAAAGAGAAGUCGAGUGUUAUUUUCUCUAUGUAUUCAAAAUUUUCUUUUUUUCUUUUUGGUGAGGGAAUUAGUUCCCAAUUUUCUCGCUUUGGAACUAAUAACUAAAAUAAGGUAUCUUUUGUAAGAGAGAGAGAGAUCAAAAGAAAUUAGUAUCAAUUACGACAUAU